CAGUGGGUGUGGGGUUCUGGUCAGGUUACACGUAGAACGAUGGUGAAGACGCGUGUUUCUAGUCGGAGGGUUAGCGGUGUGACGCCGAGGUUUCACGUGGGACUGAAUCAUCUACGAGUUUAUCUGCUGGACAGAGAUGCCAAAAAAAGGGAGAUCCGCAGUGAGGAGCCCGGAGGAGAAGGAAGAGGGGAUGUCUGCUAAACAGAGAAAGACAGACAGUCCUCUGUGCUUUGACUCCCCAUCCAGCUUGUUCCAGAGUCUAAUUGCCCCCAUGGACGUGAAUCAGUUCUUCCAGCAGUACUGGGAGAAGAAGCCAUUGCUGCUGCAGAGAUCAGACCCCGCACUGACCUCCUACUACCAGUCCCUCUUCCAGCUGUCUGACCUCAAGCAGCUGUGUGCCCAGGGCCUGGAAUACGCCCGAGACCUAAACGUGUGCCGCUGUGUCAACGGCAAGAAGAAAGUGAUGAACAAAGAGGGACGAGUGAACUACACCCAGCUGAGGAAAGACUUUGAUCAGAAGAGAGCCACCAUACAGUUCCACCAGCCUCAGAGGUUCAAGGAUGAGCUGUGGCGCAUUCAGGAGCAGCUGGAGUGUUUCUUCGGGUCACUGGUUGGCUCCAACGUGUACAUCACGCCUCAGGAGUCUCAGGGUCUGCCACCGCACUAUGAUGACGUAGAGGUGUUUAUUUUGCAGUUGGAGGGUCAGAAGCACUGGCGUCUGUACAAGCCCACUGUUCCCCUGGCCAGGGAAUACAGCCUAGAGCCUGAGGAACGCAUUGGCAAGCCCACUCACGACUUCUUACUGAAGGCAGGCGAUCUGCUGUACUUCCCCAGAGGAACCAUCCACCAGGCAAACACUCCUGCAGGAGUGGAGCACUCUACACACCUCACACUCAGCACCUACCAGAACACGUCAUGGGGUGACCUCCUAAUGGAUGUGUUUCCCAGUCUGCUGUUCGACUCCAUGAAGAGUGACAUCGGUCUGCGUCAGGGACUCCCCAGAAGCCUCCUCACUUCUGCAAACGGGAGUUCAGAUGUAAAUAAGCAGGUUUGUAUGUUUCUGAGGGGUCUAGCGGAGCGUCUGGAGCAGGGGCAGCAGGAGCUGCGCUCCUCAGAGAUGAGGAGAGACUUCAUCUCCAGCAGGCUCCCUCCUUACCGGCUGCAGGAAGAGGACAUCGCUCCAGUUGGAAAAUUACCAGCAUUGGAGGACUCGGUGUGUAUGAGGUUCAAAGAGCACAUUCUUCUCACAGUGGAGCCCAGUCAGGACAACACAGAUGAAGCUACAGAGUUAGUGGCAUUUGUAUUGCAUUCUCUGAAAAACAAGAGGGAGACACACAUGAUGGGAGCACAUGUUAAUGACGAGGAGGAUGUAGAUGAAGAGGAAACCUCACCGUUCCAGGGUCUACGCUUCCCUGCAACUCAUCUCCCUGCUCUCAGGCAGCUGCUGAGCAGAGAGCGCCUCCUGGUGGGUGAACUGCCACUGCAGCAGGACGCAGACAAACUGGGCCUGGUGUUGGGCCUCUGGACUGAAGGACUGUUGCAAGUCUGUUGACCAGCUCUCUCCCAGAGUCACACACUGUGCUCAAGACAGACAUACAUGUGGAUUUGUACUGUCUUGACAAUCGGUCAUAAGCAAGACCAGAAAAGACGUGCUUUGCAGACUCAAACGAACCAAAUGAAGUCACCAGAUGGAUGUAAGGACAGUUCUAAACAGGAUCCACUCUUCUUUUUUUAAAUAAAGAGGUUUCAGCUCUCAUCCUGGAGGUUUUUCCUGCUCAAACACAAUUACAGAACCUGGUAAUUAGAUACAUUGAACUAGAUGUGUUUGAGCAGGCAAAUCACCAUGCUGUGCUGGAAGCCAGCCCUACAGGACACCGCACUCUGACACAGUGUGUACUAUUGUGUGAUGAUACCAGCAGGCUGGUGUGACGUGUAGCCAGGAUCCUCUCAGUACCAUUAUCAGAACAGCUAAUGUUUUGAUAAAUGCUUCAAGUUUGACCAUCUGUUUCUCACUCACGCAGACCUCUGACUCGCUUUGUGUGAGAAUAAGAAUCUGAGCAUGCUAUUCACAGCCACUCUGACAUGACCUCCACCAGGCUUAAACACUUUAAAUAAUUAUCAGGAAGUUGCAAGUGUGACUCAUUUUGGCUGAAUGCUUAAUAAAGAACUCUGUUGUGGUUCUGUGCGUUCCUAAAGGACCAUAUGUUGUGGAAAAA